GCCCUAUAUGUUUCAGAGAACUUAAUAAUAGCUGAAGGACAAUAUAGGUCUAGGUUCUAGCAUAGAUCUAGUAUAUCAUGUGUGGAAUUUUUGCAUAUUUGAACUACCUAGUUCCUGCCACUAGAAAAGAAAUUCUUGAUAUUCUCAUCAAUGGAUUGAAGCGCAUGGAAUACAGAGGCUAUGAUUCAGCUGGUUUAGCUGUUGAAGGAUCAGAGAAUGAACAGGAAUGCUCCAUCAAGAUUAUUAAACAAAAAGGAAAAGUUGCAGCUCUUGAGAAGCUGGUUGCAGAAACCAAAGAUUUAGAUUAUGAUAAAAUCUUUAACAUCCAUGUUGGAAUUGCCCACACACGUUGGGCCACCCAUGGUCAACCAAGCCCCAUCAAUGCACAUCCUCAAAGAUCUGACCCCAACAACGAAUUUGCUAUAAUUCACAAUGGAAUUAUUACAAACUACAAGGACAUUAAAUCAUUUCUACUACAAAAAGGUUUUGAGUUUGAGACCGAGACUGACACAGAGGUUGUGGCAAAGCUGAUUAAACACUUGUACGACACACAUAGCGAGCAGAAGUUAAAAUUCAGAGAAUUGAUUGAAAUGACCAUCACUCAACUUGAAGGAGCAUUUGCAAUAGCAGUAAUGAGCAAACACUAUCCUGGAGACAUAGUAGCUACAAGACGUGGCAGUCCUUUACUGAUUGGUGUAAAGAGUAAAACCAAACUGAGCACGGAUAAUAUACCUGUUCUUUACGCAAAAGCCCAGCUACUUGAUAAAAACCACCGAGGGAUGUUGGGCAGCAGCCAUGGGAGGAGAGAUGAAGACACAGAGUACGUCCCCGUGGGACCCCACAGAGAGAUUGAAUACUUCUUUGCCUCAGAUGCAAGUGCAUUUAUAGAGCACACAAACCAGGUGAUCUUCCUUGAAGAGAAUGAUGUUGCAUCUGUCCAUGAAGGGAUCCUCAAUAUACAUCGUGUGUCUCGGACCUUAGAUGAAAGAACAUACAGAGAAGUUAUUACACUGAAAAUGGAAAUCGAGCAAAUUAUGAAGGGUAACUUCAGUUCGUUCAUGCAGAAAGAAAUCUUUGAACAACCUGAGUCUGUAGUUAACACAAUGAGAGGCCGUGUGAACUUUGACACCAAGGAAGUUGUGUUGGGUGGAAUCAAGGAUUACAUGGCAGAAAUCAGAAGGUGUAGGAGGCUACUUUUUAUUGCUUGUGGUACCAGCUACCACAGUACUAUUGCAACCAGACAACUCCUUGAGGAACUGACAGAGUUGCCUGUGAUGGUGGAACUGGCCAGUGAUUUCCUGGACAGGAACACGCCCAUAUUCAGGGAUGAUGUUGUCUUUUUUCUCAGUCAGUCAGGUGAGACAGCUGACACGCUGCUUGCCCUCAGGUACUGUAAACAGAGGGGAGCUCUUAUUGUUGGAAUCACAAAUGUUGUUGGUUCCAGCAUCUCCAGGGAGUCCAACUGUGGGGUACACAUCAACGCAGGGCCGGAGAUUGGUGUGGCCAGUACUAAGGCUUACACCAGUCAGUUUAUCUCCCUUGUAUUGUUUGCUCUUGUCAUGAGUGAGGACAGAAUCUCUAUGCAACAAAGGAGACAUGAGAUCAUUGAAGGCUUGAAGAAUCUCCCUGAACAAAUAAAGGCAGUUUUAGCCAAAGAUGACAAGAUCCAUAGUUUAGCUAAGGAGCUUCAUACCCAGAAAUCACUUUUGGUCAUGGGGCGUGGAUACAAUUAUGCUACAUGCUUAGAAGGGGCCUUGAAAAUUAAAGAGUUGACCUACAUGCACUCUGAAGGGAUAUUGGCAGGCGAGUUAAAACAUGGACCCUUGGCUUUAGUGGACCAUGCUAUGCCAGUGCUGAUGGUGUGCACUAAGGACAAAGUCUAUUCAAAAUGUGUAAAUGCCCUGCAGCAAGUUAAAGCUAGACAUGGCAAUCCCAUCCUGAUCUGUACAGAAGGUGAUGAGGACAUCCAGUCCAUGGCCAGCCAGUACAUAGAGGUCCCCCACACCAUAGAUUGUCUCCAGGGGGUUCUCACAGUCAUUCCCAUGCAGUUGUUGUCUCUACAUAUUGCAGAGCUGAAGAAACUUGAUGUUGACUGUCCACGAAAUCUGGCUAAAUCUGUCACUGUGGAAUAAAUUCCUACCCCUCCAGCCCUUCCUUACCUACUGAUAGACCUCGCCACCUUCUAAAAACAUAUACAAGCUAAUGGUAAAGAGCUGUAUUAUUAAAAAGCCAAAUGUAACAUGUAAAUGAAACAAUUAAUCAUAUAAAAAAUGCUAGUUCAAAAC